AUGACGGCGAUGGACUUGGAUGUUGAAAAAAAGGCCAUUUCAGCCGUGCGGCCGGCUGAAAGUCUGCCCUCGAAUCAUGACGAUCUCACUGUUGGUGAGAUCAGUGAACUCAACCCCCUGAAACGAAACCUGAAGAAUCGCCAUAUGCAGAUGAUUGCGGUUGGUGGCGCUAUUGGGGCUGGUCUAUUUGUUGGCACAGGGUCUGCCCUCAGAGACGGAGGGCCCGGCUCUUUACUUGUCUGCUACUUGAUCGUCGGGUUAAUGUUGCUUUUGACCGUUCAGGCUCUGGGCGAGUUAGCUGUUUUGUAUCCUGUCAAUGGUGCUUUCUUCACCUACUGUGUACGGUUCAUCAGUCCAGCAUGGGGCUUCGCAGUCGGUUGGGACUAUGCUAUCAGUUGGCUUAUCAUGCUUCCAUUUGAACUUACAGCUGCGAGUAUAACGAUCAAGUACUGGAGAGACGACUUGAAUGCUGGGAUAUUCAUCGCCGCCUUUCUCGUUAUCUUGAUUGCAAUCCAGUUCUUUGGUGUGAAGGGAUAUGGAGAGGUGGAAUUCGUUCUUGGAGUGAUCAAAGUUAUCGCAGUCAUCGGCUUCAUCAUACUCGCAAUUGUGAUUGACGUGGGCGGUGCUCCUCAUGGUGGGUAUGUUGGUGCAAAAUACUGGCACAACCCCGGGGCUUUUACCGACUUUAAAGGCUUUUGCUCUGUGUUCGUCACUGUGGCCUUUGCAUUCGGUGGUACUGAGAUGGCUGGUCUCGCUGCCGCGGAAGCAACCAACCCGGCAAAAUCUAUCCCUAAGGCCACAAAACAGGUCUUUUGGCGGAUCAUGAUCUUUUACGUUUUGGGGACUUUCAUGGUCGGCUUGAUUGUUCCCUCAAACGCAGAAUGGCUAAUGGGAGCCUCUGGAGCCAACACCAAGGCCUCGCCAUUUGUUGUUUCGAUACAGAACGCUGGAAUAUCAGGACUUCCUUCCGUCAUGAAUGCCAUAAUUACCAUUUCGGUCAUCAGUGUGGCCAACUCUGCGACAUAUGCAUCCAGUCGCACAAUUCAAGCCUUGGCUGCCCGAGGAAUGGCCCCGAAAUCCAUGGCUUACAUUGAUAAACAAGGAAGGCCCCUGUACUGCAUCCUGCUUCAAAUUGCCUUUGGAUUCUUGGCUUUCAUCAACGAAGCACCAUCCGGAAGCACUAUUUUCGACUGGCUUCUGGCUUUGUCAGGUAUUGGAGACUUCUUCAUUUGGGGUAGUAUCUGUCUUGCCCACAUUCGCUUCAGAUCCGCAUGGGCACACAAUGGGCAUACCGUCAAUGAACUCUCGUUCGCAGCUCCGAUGGGUGUAAUCGGAAGCUACAUUGGCUUGGGGCUUAAUGUUCUUUGCCUCAUUGCCGAGUUCUAUGUUGCCGUGGCCCCCAAAGAUGCGGAGAGCUUUUUCCAAAGCUACCUAGCUGCGCCUGUCAUUAUUGCACUCUUUAUUGGCUGGGUGGGUUACACAAAAUGGAACAAAGAUCCCAGCCUUGACCGUGGGGCCUGGUUCGUUCCAAUCGAAGAGAUGGAUGUCUUGAUGCAUAUCCGAGACGGUGCUUUAGACAUAGACCUUCCCCCGAAAGUCGAGUAUCCCACAUGGAAAGCUUGGAUUAAGGCUGCUCCAAUGCGGAUCCUGCGUUCGAUCUUCUGA